CUGUGAGGUAUUCUUUGAAGAUGACAGCAAAUGACGCUAAAAGUAAAAUGGCCUCAGAUCUUCGUGCAAGAAAUACAACGGCCGUUAUCUUCGAGGUGACGUUCAGUACUGUGGUUUUUCUUUGUUCUCUUAUUGGCAAUUUUCUGGUUCUGUUUUCUACUUAUCGAAAUUCAGCUCUUCGUAAGGGUGUUUACAUCUAUAUUUUUUUCUUGUCUUUGAAUGAUAUGACAAUGACGAUGUUACUAGUACUAAUGUCUUUGAAAAGUUUGGUUCUUGGCUAUAAUGCUUAUGGAACGAUUGCCUGCGAUGUUCAAGGAGUUUUGUUGCUGGCCUCGUUUUUGGUAUCUUUAUUUUUGAUGUCAUUUAUAGCAAUUAGCAGAUACUUCAAGAUGUUAAAGACUCAAGUUUAUAACAGGGUUUUUAAUUCGAAAUUUGGUGUGUUCUCGAGUAUUUGUAUGUGGGUUUUUUGGAGUAUGGUAUGGACUGUUGCCGUAGCAGUGUCGGAUCGCCUUGUCGAGUUUCAUCCAGGUUUCAGUAUAUGCACAAUUGACUUAGAUAAAACUGUUUUAUUAAAACUCAUUGUGUUACUCUCAGUCGCUUCUAACUACAUUGUGAUUGUGUUUUGCUAUUUCAAAAUCUGGCGUUUUGUCAGGAGCCACACCGAAGCGAUGUCAAACUCGCAAGUCAACGCCGAAGAAGUUAAAACCGUACGUAUCUUGUUUGCGAUUGUUCUUGCGUUUACGUUAUGCAUAAGUCCCAUGUUUUUAUGUGGGUUUGUAGACGCUGUAUUUGGUAUGUAUAAACUGCCUCGUCAACUUUACUUAACAGUUGUAUUAAUGGUCGGACUGAGCAGCAUUGUAAACCCAGUAAUCAACGGUUGUAUGAACCAAACGUACCAACAAGAAUUCAAAAAAAUAAUUCACGCAAUGAAUAUACUACGUUGUAGAAAUCGUAAUGUGAUUAUAUCAUUUUCGACGGAGCAAAUAGAAUGACUUCAUGCAUUCAGAACUCAUGUUUUGAACUCGAAGAUUGGGUAAACCGUGCGGAGUUAUGCUAGGUAGACAUAUCUGUCACUCACUCGCUCACUCACUUUCUGGUAAACUGCAUACUAACAUUUAUUACUUUAGCCUGCGAUGCUUGUUUCC